AUGCUAAACCUAUUCUAUUGUGGAAGGGAUGUUCCUAAUGCGUCGACUGGAUUUAGUCCUUUCGAAUUAGUCUCUGGUCAUGAGGUUCACAGGGAUCUCUGCCAAGGGAGCGGCACCCUCAGCCAGCCAGUCCCUCAGCUCCAUCCAGUCCUCAUCUGCAGGCAAGAGGACAAGUCCUCCAUUGAAGAGAGUGAAAAUAUUUUAAUUAAAGAGACUAAUACAGGGAAAGCGAGUGAAAAAGGACAGAAAAAGAUUGAGCUGUUAAGUGGAUCAAUCAUGAUUGCAACAGGAGGUCUCCUGCGCAUUACAGCCAGGACAAAUGAUUCCUUCCAAUCUAGUGAGCAGGCAAAUAAAAGCAGGAAGAAAAUGUUCAAAAAAAGGAAGAAUGAUGUAGUAAUGGUGAAAGCCAAAUUGGAGUUGUGUUCCAUUUCAGGAUUGAUUACUGCCAUUGGGAUCUUGGUGAUGUUGGGAGGGAUUGCAAUGGUAUUAAUAGGCUACUGGCCUAUAGGCUACAAGAUUCCUGAACCAAAUGCAGUGUCUCACAACACCACCAGCAAUUAUACAACUGUAGACACUACAUCUUUGGAGAUUAUUUCUGAAUUUGUAAGCAGCUAUAUACAUUCUGAUAAGCUGAAGAUCUUAGGACCACUGGUGUUAGGAAUUGGCAUAUUUCUCUUUAUCUGUGCUAAUGCAGUUCUUCAUGAAAACAGAGACAAGAAAACUAAGGUGAUUAAUAUGCAAGAUAUUUACUCCACAAUGAUAGAUAUUCACAAUAUGAGGAAAAAAGAAUAUGGCCCUUUUAAUGGAUUUGUGAAUUAUGUGCAAUGUAAAAGCAUUGACAAUCUCAAGUUUCCAGCUUCUUACGAUGCAGUAAUACUGGCUAAAAGUUCCUGUCAGACACCUACUGCAGAUGGCAUUAAAAAGGUUUGAUCUGUUAAAAAGCCCAAGAGAAAAAUAACAAUUAUUUUGCAAAGCAUCAGGAACUUGACCCACAGAAAAACAAAACAUUAUUUGUUUAGUAUCUGCAGAGACAGCAUCAUUGCCAAUGAAGGAAAGAAAAUAUCUGGAACUAAAUAGCACCAAAUCUCAUGCUACUUCUUCCAUUGAUACGCUCAUACACCACAUAAUUGAAAUGAACAACUACAUCACACUGAGGAAGAUGUCAGGUCUGCCAAAGAUGAUAAUGAAGCACAGAUGUCAAAAAAUCACUGGUAAAGUCAACAAGAAUUGCACUACAAUGUCUCUGAUCCCAGAGAAGCUGUUGGACAUAUUUUAGGGGACUGAGCUCCAGCUCAACCAUGGAAACAAUAAAAUGGCACCAAGGCUGUGAUUUCAAAUGUACCCUGGUCACAUGAUACCCGCCUGGUAACAGCAGAGUCUCAUAAAGACUUCCUACAUGAGUCAAGCAGAGAUUUCAGAAGUAGAAACAGAACAUUCUGGAAAUACUCAGCAGGUUUUAAGUUUUUUGUUGAAAUUCAAUCAAGCUCUAAAGGCUUGUAUAUCGUUUGUUGUUCUUGAACUUAUCAAGCCAUCUUCUUUACAGCAGCGAUUUAUUUUGGUGGGAAGAAUGAGGAGAGGCAAUUUAAAUAAAGGAUACAAUUCUA